GUUGAUCGUGAUUGACUCCUUGCCUGUGACUGCAGUAGUGACCGAGUAUCAUACAGUACUCUGUCUGUUACUUACUUACUACUUACUUCAACUGCUGCACUGCUCUCUGUCACACGAUCAUAGUCGCCGUGGUUAAUUAUUUCUUCAUCGGUCUUCUUUCUUCUAUAUAAACUCUCCUUGGGAACUACUUUCUUUUCUCUUUCAUACAUCUAUCCUACAGCUGAGGGAUGAUUUCAGAUCGACGCCUGCGAUCUGAGGCUGCUUCUCCACUUCUCUCCGUUUACGGAAGUUGACCAGACUGACUCUCCGAACUCCACAUCAACACAAGGUUUGGAUCGGGAAAGGAAACAGAAAACGAGACAGAUCUUUUUUUCAAAAGGAAAAUAAGAAGGGAAAGAAAGAAGGAAAAAAGAAAGAAUCCAACGAUCGAGUAUCGACUCGACUCGAUAAGGCUAACACCUGUUUGGCUUAAAUCCCAUCCACUCACUACUCAGUCUCCACUAUCCAGCCCAAGCAUGACUGAUGCACCGUUUCCCCCUUCGAGUGGAGCUCGAGCUGCUGCUGCUCUUCCUCUGUCCACCUCAUACUCCGGCCCAACCAUCUCGUCAAUCCCCCGCCGUUCUUCCUACGCCUCCGUCCUCUCUGGGACCGCCUUGUCUCCUCCAGAAUUAACCAACAGUCCCCUCUCGCCUCUGCUGCCCUCCACCUCCACCUCCUCUUAUCCCCCGCCUUUCCUUCCCGACGGCCGUCCGUGGAGGCCCCCCUCCGCCGCCGUGGAUGCCGCAGACAUGCAGAUGAACUCGUCCUGGAGGACCUCGUCCGCCGAACCCCUUCCCCCCUACUCUCGCAAAUUCGCCAACUUCCCUCGCUCCGAUCCCCUUUUCCACAGUACCGCCGGCUUCGCCGACCCCGUCUUCUCCUUCACCCCCUCCUACCUCCGCAACUCCCGCUACAUCUCCCGCCUCGAUGCCGCCCGCCGCGCAAAGUUCGCCUCCCAGCGUGAUGCCGCCACCUCGGCCGCGACGUCGCAUCCGCUGUCCGCCUCCUCCAGCCAGGCCAGCUUGCCGCGGAUAGCCCCGUCCCACCGCGGGAUGACGUAUGAAAUCAUCGAGCGGGAGGCCCCCGGCGAGGACGACAACCUCCUACCACUGCCGUCCCGGUGGAGCGACGCCGACAAAUAUGCCGGUCUGGAGCUGACCAAUGGAGGCGUGGAGGCCCGGUAUACGGGUCCGGUGAAUAAACAUGAACAUGAGGCGGCGACCGUGCGGGCAGACAAUCCCAUGCCGCCCCAGUGCGGCAUCUACUAUUUUGAGAUAACCGUUCUCUCCAAACCGAAAGAAGGGAUGGUCGGGAUCGGUUUCUCCAGCACGAAAGCCUCCGUCGAAAGGCUCCCCGGGUGGGAGCCCGAAUCGUGGGCGUAUCAUGGCGAUGACGGCAAAUCCUUCUUCGGCGAGAGUCAAGGGCAAGGACGGCAGUAUGGUCCGACGUUCGGUGCCAACGAUACUGUCGGAUGUGGCGUGAACUUCUCGACGGGAUGUGCCUUUUUCACUAAGAAUGGCGUUUUUCUGGGUAAUGCAUUCCGCGAGCUACGAAAUGUGAAGGUCUACCCCUCCGUGGGCAUGAAGAAGCAGCCGCCCGUACAUCUGGCCGCCAACUUCGGACAGCAACCUUUCAUGUUCGACAUUGACGGUAUGGUGAAGAAAGAGAAGUUCUCUAUCCAUAACGAGAUCCGCUCCACCAGCACCGCCAACUUACAGCCUCCGUUGGACGAGACUGCUCUAUUACAGGAGCUGGUUGCGCAGUUCCUCGCUCACGACGGCUACGUCGAGACCGCCCGGGCCUUCGCCGAGGAGGUUGCUGCGGAGUCCGCGGCGUUGGAGAAUGGUCACAAGGAACCGCUCAAGAAGUACGAAGUGGAGGAGGAUGUGGAAGCGAUUAAUCGACAAAAAAUUCGCGCCGCGAUCCUCGAGGGAGACAUUGACAAGGCCUUGAAGUACACCAAUGCCUACUACGCCAACGUCCUCCACGACCACCCCCAUAUCAACUUCAAACUCCGAUGCCGCAAAUUCCUCGAGAUGAUGCGCCGCUGCAACGAGCUCUCAUCAGCCGCAUCCAAGCGCAGCAAACCGUCCAAUGGACUCUCAGACAGCAGCGCCGUCUUCGACGAAGAGAUGGAACUUGACGAACAGGGACAAGACACCCUCGGGUGGGACAUGGACGGCAUGGACACCGAAGAGCCCGAGAGCGCGGUCAAGUUCCCCGGGCUUCUCACCGAGGCCGUCCAGUACGGGCAACAGUUGCGUAUGGAUUAUCCGACGGAUGAGCGUGGCGGUGAUAAGAAGAUGCUGGAUGAUAUCUUCUCGCUGGUGUGCUAUCCGGAUCCGAAACGGUCGGUGCAUGGGCAUUAUUUGGAUCCGGCGGGGAGGAUUGCUGUUGCGGAGGAGUUGAAUUCUGCUAUUUUAGUAUCCCUCGGCAAAUCAUCAUCUGCGGCAUUGGAACGCUUAUACCAGCAAACGGAAGCACUGGUGAACGAGAUCAGCGAAGAGGGAGGCGCUGGGGCGUUUAUUAACGUGCGUAAUGAUUUCCUGCUAUGAUGGAGUUUGGCAUGCUGUGAUUUGACUUAUGACUGCGAACAUGGACUGUUCUUUUAUCUUAUUUAUUUCGUCAUCUCUCUUUUCAGCUUCUCCACUUUUCCUCCACUUCGCCGUCUGAUCGGUACUUUCAUAUUGUCUUGAAGUGGCUGGCACGCUGUUCUGUUUCAUUCUAUCUUCUAUCUUUUUUAUCUUUAACUUCGGGACUGGACUGGACCAUGUCCAAGCGCACGGACAUCAGUGUAGCGUUUACAGAUAUGGACAAUCAAUCAAUCAACUGAGUAAAUAACAUGCUUUACUCC